AAAGCGUCCGCCGAAAAAGUUGCUGAUUGUGUUUCGGCUUACCGAAAAUAUUGAAUUUUAACCGAGAAAAUGGUAUCGCUGGGCCCCAAAAAGGACGGCAGCCCGAAUGCCGAGUUCUUUCUGGCUCCGGAAUCGCUGCAGGGUUUCGAAACCGUGCGGCAAUGGCUGCAGAAAAACUUCAAAAAGUAUAUGGCACCGGAACCACCAACAAAAGAGUCCCUUGCACAUUUGAUAAUUCAGUUUGUGCAAUAUCAGGAAACGAAGCUUGGUAAGAGUUCUCAGGAUCCUCCUACUACACGACUACCGAUGCGAUGUUUCAUGGACUUCAAACCGGGUGGUUCUCUGUGCCACAUCCUGGCCACGAUGUACCGCUACAAGGCGGAACAACGCUGGCGCAAGUUCGACUUCACCGUAAACAAGAACCCAAUGCGCAAGGACCCCAUUAUUCAGAUGCUGUUGGACAUGGAGACGGCACUGAUCGAGGCCGAAUGCAUGCGCCUACCGAUCGUAUACAUCCGGCCGGAGGUGGACAAAGCCACGGCCAACCGCAUCACCGAUAUCAUCACCAACCACCAGGGUGAGAUGACCCUGGAGGAGGACGAGGCUACGCACAUCAUCUAUCCGGCUGUGGAUCCGUUACCGGAGGACUACGCUCGGCCCACGUUCCGCCGGGAGAAAUACGUCAUGAUCCACUGGUAUUAUUUCCCGGAAUCGUACGACACAUGGGUGCCGAAUACUUUCGACUUGCCGGACAACGUUCCCGAUUGUCCCCCAUCACCGGGCGAUCGAUGGCGUGUCUCUGUUUCCUGGGUUACCGAUCUGGACGAAUACAACGAGUGGAUGGCCGAAGAGGACUACGAAGUGGACGAAAACGGUCGCAAAAAGGUUCACAAAUUGCGUCUUGGGGUGGAGGAUCUCAUGAGCGACGAACGGGUCAAGAAGACCCCGGCCAAAAUGGUUCCCCAGCGACGUAACAAACGUUCGCCUUCGCCGCAACCCAAGGGAGGCAAGAGGAAACCGAUGGGUCGUUCUCCGGCAGCUUUCCAAAAGAAGCCUCGCAUUGAUGAUGACGAGUCCGAAGAUCUUACCAAGGACAUGGACGAUCCGCAACCGGAGUCUAAUCUGACGGAAGUGAAGGCAAGCUCGAGCAAUUCCGCAUCCGGGCCGGCUACUCCGCAGCCCAAGAGAGAUCCCGAAAUGAUGCCACUUAAAUACGCCACUAUGACAGAUCUAGAUGACGACAUUGAUCGUGCCAACGUGGAUCGUACUGGAGACGACAGUCAAGCUGGCAAAACCAGCGAUAACAGCAACACCCAGGAAUUCCCUAAGGACGAUCUAGAGGAUAAUGUCACCGAGCAAACGCACCACAUAAUUGUCCCUUCUUACUCGGCUUGGUUCGAUUACAACUCGAUUCACGUUGUUGAGAAACGUGCUUUGCCUGAGUUCUUCAACGGAAAGAACAAAUCCAAGACUCCAGAAAUAUACCUUGCCUAUCGCAACUUCAUGAUUGAUACUUAUCGCUUAAAUCCAACUGAAUAUCUGACUAGCACUGCUUGUCGUCGUAAUUUGGCCGGUGACGUUUGUGCGAUCAUGCGUGUUCAUGCAUUUUUGGAACAGUGGGGUUUGGUCAACUACCAGAUCGAUGCCGAAUCUCGACCUACCCCAAUGGGUCCUCCACCAACAUCUCACUUCCAUGUACUAAGCGACACCCCCAGUGGAUUGCAACCGUUGAAUCCACCGAAAACAGCGCAGCCAUCAGCUGCCAAAAAUUUACUUGAUUUGGACAAGAAAGGUGACAAAAAAGAAGACGGAUCACUUUCGGCAGGACUCGCUGCCGCUUCAGGCUCAGAACCUGGAUCCGUGGAUGGUAUCAAGUCGGAACCGAACGCCGUCAGUGCCGAUCCAAAUGGCCAAUUCGGUUUACGUUUGGACCAGUACGCGAAGAAGCCGGCUGCAAUGAGAAACAAAACCGCAGCCAGCAUGUCCCGCGAGUGGACCGAACAGGAAACUUUGCUUCUGUUGGAAGGUCUUGAAAUGUACAAGGACGACUGGAACAAGGUGUGCGAACAUGUCGGCUCUCGCACUCAGGAUGAGUGUAUCCUACACUUCCUAAGACUGCCAAUUGAAGAUCCCUACUUGGAGGACGAUAGCACUUAUCUCGGUCCACUGUCCUAUCAGCCGAUACCGUUCAGCAAAGCGGGUAACCCAAUUAUGUCCACGGUAGCAUUUUUGGCUUCGGUUGUAGAUCCGAGAAUCGCUGCUUCUGCGGCAAAAUCUGCGAUGGAAGAGUUUGCUGCCAUCAAGGAUGAAGUUCCAGCGACCAUGAUGGAUGCACAUCUGAAGAACGUGGAAAAAUCCAGCUUCGGUGGUAAAUUUGAUCCGUAUGCCGGUUUGGCCACCAGCGGUAUUGCGGGCACCGGUCCCGACAAGGACAAAGAAGAAGAGGAUGCUAAAGUGCCGGGAACUCCCGCUUCCGGUUCGGCCACUCCAGCAGCCCCAGCCACACCCGGUUCUACCGACGUGGAGAUGAAAGAUGUUUCGAAGAAAGACGAAGAUAAAUCCGAUAAACCGGAAUCUGAAAAAGAUGAAACCAAGACUACAGAUGAAUCUACUAAAACUUCUGAUUCUGAUGCCGCGGCAGCAGGUGAAAAAACGGGAGAAGGCACCGCCGAGGGAGAUAAAACUAAGGAUUCAGAAGCAUCGAAAGAGAACGGUGACCCUAAAGUAUUCAACGAAUCUAACCUGCAGGCCGCUGCUGCUGCCGCUUUGGCCGCAGCUGCCGUCAAAGCUAAACAUUUGGCAGCCGUUGAGGAGCGGAAAAUUAAAAGCUUGGUCGCACUUCUCGUUGAAACUCAGAUGAAGAAAUUGGAAAUCAAAUUACGACACUUCGAAGAACUGGAAACAACGAUGGAACGUGAACGGGAAGGUUUGGAGUACCAGAGACAGCAGCUGAUACAGGAACGCCAGCAGUUCCAUUUGGAGCAACUCAAAGCGGCUGAAUUCCGCGCCCGACAACAAGCUCAUCAACGAUUCCAACUUGAACAGGGACAAUGGCAGCAACCUUCCGGCGGGCCACCUUCAGGAGCCGUUCCACCAUCCCAGCAUCCAUCUCAAAAUCCUUCACAAGGACCCCCAGCCCCUGGUCAUAAUCCUUUACCAACCCCCGGAUCUAAUUCUCAACCGCAGCCUGCGAUGCCAUCUACAGGUGGUCCACCUGGGGCACCCAACAGCAGCACCGCUCCCAGCAGCAAUGGCAUCAUUUCAGCUCCCCCUACUACGAUUCCAUCCGAAGGUUCUAUGCAAAAUAACGCUGUGCCUCCGUCGGCACCAGUUCAGCCCCCACAGGGACAACCCCUGCAACAGCAACAACCGAUGCCACCACACCCAGCGGCAGUGGCUGGCGGUCCCAUUCCUGGUGGACCUCCUGUACCCCAGCACCAGCAAGCACCUCCACCAUCUGCAGCACAACCCCCGAUCCCUCAAGCUCCUGCCGCGCAACAGGCACCGCUUCCCCCAACCCAAGGUGCGCCCGUGCCACAACCAGGCCCAGGAAUCGCACCGGUGCCCCAACAACAGGGACCUCCGCCAGGCGCACCAAUUCCGCCACCUUCAUAAACCGCAAACUAUAAGAGGUCUGUAAGAGUUAUACCAUAACUUAUUCUCAUAUAGUCGUUCCCUUGUACUAUGGGCACCCACUAUCUCAGUAUAUCUAUUUUUAAAGAUAUAUUCCUGCGACAUAUUCGUGGGUUACUAUUUCAGAAACAGGUUUUGUUCCGUUCGUGGUUUUCUUCGUUUUUUUUCUGGAUUAUUUUAAAUUGUGUCUACAGUGUCAACUUCGAAGAACAAACGCUAAACGCAUUGAAGCAUGGUACGACUAAUAAUGCAGGAACAAAUAUUUCAACUUAGAGUGUGAUUUAGGUGCUUUCCGUGACACACUCCGGAUAGCAAACAAGCAUUGAAUGGAUGAAACAAAAUAAUGAUAUCUCUAAUGGUAGACUACUACACGUAAAUAUUAUGAUUUGACCGCAAACGCGCAUAAACGUAAAAUGUAAGCUUAAUAAAUCUUUUAACAUAGAUGUA